AUGAAAGUUGACGAGAUUGGAGCUGAUUUCACUCCAGACAUUGUAUCAUCCAUGUUCAGACUCGUUGGAAGGCGAACCCUUGCUCCGCAGCUCAGAGGGCGGAUACAGGCCCUCUACCUGUCACGAACACUCUUCGCCUAUCCUCCCCCGGCUGCCAAAGCCAGGGCCCUCGACGCGCUCGCUCGCACUCGUCCCCGGCUAUCGAAGAGCGGCUAUGCGCAAGAUCACAGUACGGAAGAGAUUACCGCAGAGAUAGCAGAGCGGAACCUCCUCGAAUCACAGGAUGGGAGCCGAUCUGGUACUCCCAUUACUCUGCGACCGUAUCAGGAGGAGGCCAUUAGCGCGUGCGUGACAGCGCUAGAGGAAGGCAAGAAUCGUAUAGGCGUCUCGUCGCCGACAGGUUCCGGGAAGACGACAAUGUUCAUGAAUCUCAUCCCGCGAAUACCUCCGAGAAACGGAGGCGAUCAAGUCUUGAUCCUCGUCGGCAGUGUCGAACUCGCUCAUCAGGCGGAGAACGCAGCACGAACCCUGCUCCCUGGGUAUUCGGUCGAGGUCGAGCAAGCCAAGCGGGUUGCGUCCGGGUCGGCAGACAUUACAAUAGCAACCUACCAGACACUGAACAAUCCGGCCCGCUUGGACAAGUUCGAUCCAUCACAAUUCAAGCUCGUCAUCGUGGACGAGGCACACCACUCCGCGGCUCUUAGUUAUCUCCGCUUGCUGCAUUACUUUAAUGACGCGGUGGUUCUGCCGCAGCAGACGGGACCCUUCUCCACGUUUAACCACGGACAGAAUGUGCCAAUCAUCGGAUUCUCAGCGACGUUCUCUCGACACGACCAACUCGCUCUGCGCGCAGUAUACGAGGAGAUCGUCUUCCACCGCGAAGUCUCACAGAUGCUGGAGGAUGGUUGGCUGUCACCUGUGAAGAGCACAGCCGUAUAUGCCGACUUGGACCUGGAUGAUGUCGCCCUUUCGGCUGGGGACUAUCGCACGAGCAGCCUUGCCAAGCACAUGAACAAGCCGGAACUCAACUCGCUCAUCGUUAGGACGUGGCUAUACCGGGCGAAGGAACGGCGCUCGACACUAGUCUUUGCUGUUGAUUUGAAGCACGUGGCGGAUUUGGUACAGGCGUUCAGGAUGGCAGGAGUGCAGGCCCAGAGUAUCAGCUCCAAGACGCCGCGCGCCGACCGACUAGCGACUCUGAAAUCCUUCCAGAGCGGAGACUUCCCUGUCCUCAUCAACUGUGAGGUUUUAACGGAGGGGACGGAUGUACCUGAGGUGGGCAGGGGUUUGCGUCUCUCUCCUUCAACGGGUAAGAAGGACUGCUACCUGGUUGAUAUCGUGGACAACGUGUCUCGAAGUUCUGGCAUGAGGGUUGCGCCGACUCUGUUCGGAUUGUCGCACGAUGACGUUCCAGUGUACGACAAUGAGGAGAGACCAAGCGAUGGUAACGGGACGCCUGCUCCGUCGCCCCGUGAGGGAAGUUUACAGCCGAACUUCUCCGUCACUCUUGUCGACUGUGACGACCCCUUCAGCCUGUCGGCUCCCACAAGUGCCGCUGUUGUGACGGAAAAGCUGUCGAACAAUGCCUGGGUACAUUGCGGUAACGGAAAGUACAUCCUUGAGAUGUUGGGAUACGGUUUCAUCACCAUUGAGCCUCACGAGCAGCUGUCUAGCAUCACGUUCACUGCAAAGCUGCCCACAGAACUUCGUACCAAAUCGCCGUAUUCCAGCAAGCAACAGAUCGCCUAUGCCGAAUCGAUCGACAGGGCAUUCACGACAGCAGACACAUUCGCUGAGAAGCGUAUGAGUCGCGAAAGGGCCCACCAAUAUGCUGCGUGGCGAUCACGUCCCGCAUCGCCGAAGCAGGUGCAGCUUCUGAGAAAGUUCAAAGGGUUGACCGAGGCGGACGGCACCGUUAUUAUCAGGGGGAAGAACGUGAAUUUGGAUGAAGUGAAUGCAGGUCAGAUUGCAUCGCUGUUCCCUAAACAACAUCAUCAACGAUCAACAACCAUGGCUGAGGUCACCACCAAGAAGCGGAAACGCACUGGAAAGCAGAGAGAGGAGGCCAAGAAGGCUGCUAUUGCUGCCGGUGUUGCUGAAUCGACUGGGCCCGAGACUGAGGAGACUGUCGCUCCGGAGCCUGAGAACGCAGAGCUCGUGGCACCGACCGAGGCUGAGAGUACUGCCAUCACUACCGAGGAGGCUAAGCCCGCUGUCGACUUCGAGAAGCUCAAGAAGCGAACUAAGCUCCACCAGCUGUUCAAGCAAGCAAAGCGCGAGGAGUCUCAGCGCCUGAUCAAGAAGAUCAAGUUCCUCUCGAAGAAGGGCUCGUCAUCCGAGGCCGAUGAACUUGACACGCAGCUCAAGCUUCUUGGUGCCGUUGAUCUGCACAUCCUCAGCGCGAACCAUCUCAAGCUUAAGUUGCGCAAGCACUACCUUCUGAAGAAAGACGGUAUGCCGUCUGACGUCGAGUCCGUCAUCGGCGGUGGACAGACAGUCAAGGCGAGCGGUAGCAACGCCACGCCCGAAGUCAUCGCCAAGGUUGAGAACCGUCUCUGCUCAGCCAAAAAUGUCGCCGAUGGCGUCAAGGGCAUCGUUUCGUGGUGCUUGGCUGAGCCCGGAAGCUCGCUCAACCUCGACAAGAUGAAGGAGAAGAAGAACAAGAAGAACGCCAAGCCCGAAUCCGACGAAGACAGCGACGACGCCUCUGAAGGCGACGACGAGCGCGAGGACGACGUGGCCAACGUCGUCGGUGAGCUCGACAGUGAUGAUGAAGUUGUCGUCGAGGAGAAGGCCGCGGACGCUGCCGGAUGGGAAUCUGGGGACCUUGGUGGAGAGGGUAGUGAUGAGGAUGACGAGGAGGGCGAGGACGGUUGGGAGUCUGGAUCCGUCGGCGGCGAGGAAGGCACCGGUGAGGAUGCGUGGAUCGCCUCUGCUUCCGACUCCGAUGCGCCCGACUACGCCGCUCUCGCCAACCUGAGGGGCGGUGCCGGGGAGGAUUGGUCAUCUGGCUCUGAGGGAGACUCUGACGCGGGCUCUGCCUCGGACAGCAGCAGCGGAAGCAGUGUUGCUGUUGAGAGACCCCCGGCGAAGAAGGUGAAGGCCGAGGUCUCCAAGAAGGCCGAGAAGCCUGUUAAGGCGGAGAAGAAACCCGAGAAGAAGGCCGCGAAGGCUGAGAAACCGAAACCUGACGGUACAUCCAUGUUCCUUCCCUCGCUUGCUGCUGGAUUCACUGCUGGUGACAGUGACUCGGACCCCGACAUGGACUACGACCCAGACGGAGUGAUCGGCAACAAGGCCGCGCCGCGGAAGAACCGCCGUGGACAGCGUGCGCGCCAAGCCAUCUGGGAGAAGAAGUACGGCAAGAACGCGAAGCACAUUGUGAAGCAGCGUGAGGAGGAGAAGAAGAAGGCUGCUAAGAAGGAGGGUCGCGUCGGUGGAUCCAAUUUUGUCCCUCCGUCCCGCGACUCUGGGUACAAGACGUACCGUCCUGCGCCCGAGUCGGCGCCCGUUCUCGCCAAGCCGGGCGGCACGUUCGGCUCGAGCGCUCCCGCUCGCACGCCCGGCGCUGCCACGGCCGGUGGCGCUUCUGGUCCCGGCGCUGGCGGAGACGAGAAGAAGGGCAAGAACCACCCGUCCUGGGAGGCUGCCAGGAGGAGGAAGGAGGCGGAGCAGAAGCUCAAGAACGCACCGAAGGCGACCAAGAUUGUGUUCGACUAG